GGCCGCCAUUACAUUGCACUGUCAAAUAACGAGAUUACCAAUAUAAUCGUAGCUAUUUCAAAUUCAACAGGAAGUUGACGACGAUUAACUGAAAAAUUGGUGUCCCUUGCUAUUUUAAGAAAGUGUUCAUUUGAUUUCCUUAAAAUAUUAUGGCUCAAAACAUCAAUCCACAUUACGCGUCGUCUUCGAACCCAGCUAAGCAGAGUGAAGACACGAUUAAACUAAAAGACAAUCAUGCUGUGAGCAAACGACUCCAGAAAGAGCUAAUGGAGCUAAUGCGGUGCAGUGAUAAAGGAAUAUCAGCAUUCCCUGAAAGCGAAAACCUCUUCAAAUGGAUCGGGACCAUCAAUGGACCUUUAGAAACUGUAUACGCAGGCCACAAAUACAAAUUAUCACUUGAAUUUCCAAAUUCAUACCCAUACGCACCACCUGUUGUCAAAUUUAUGACUCCGUGUUUUCAUCCAAAUGUUGACACGUGUGGUUUAAUAUGUUUAGAUAUUUUAAAAGAUAAGUGGACGGCUUUAUAUGAUGUACGUACAGUAUUGUUGUCAAUCCAAAGUCUUUUAGCAGAACCAAAUACACAAAGCCCUUUAAACCAGCAAGCAUCAUAUCUAUGGCCGAACCAAGCUGCCUAUAAAAAAUAUUUAGAUGAAUUUUACAAUAAACAUAAAGACUCAUAGUCUGUUUUAGAGAUUAUAAGUGUGUUUUAUUUUUCGUUGUAAUAUUUUUGUGUCGUGGAUAUUUCAGAUUGUGACUGUUGAGGGUUGGUUGGGCUCAGGUUUUGUCUGCUUAGACACUGCAAUCUUGCAAAAAAACUUUUAAUUUUAGACCAUACUUUGUAAUUUAUAUUAAAAUUUGUAAAAAACACUACGGUUGAAAUAAAUUAAUAUCACAACUAGACUUGCAUGUAACAUUCUAUUUUUCAAAUUUUUUUUUUGUGACAAAUAAUCAGCCCCAGCUGUCGCUCAUCUGAAACUUGAUGUACAUUGUGAUCACAGACAAUUAUAAUUAUUUAGUGCAAUUAA